AUGGGAGCCUUUGUCUCUCGGUAUUGGGCCGCCCUUUCACAGGCGUACCCACCGAAGGCCGUCUGGUCUGUCGACGAUAUUCCAGAUCUGACGGGAAAAGUUGCAAUUGUGACCGGUGGGAAUUCCGGCAUCGGCUAUGAGACAUGCAAGCAACUUCUCGCUCACAACGCCAAGGUCUACAUGGCAGCGCGGGAUGAAGGAAGGGCCCGUCAAGCCAUUGAAAAGCUUGCAAGCGAGACCGGCAAAGAGGCGUUCUUCCUGAAGCUGGACCUUGCGGACAUGAAAGCCAUCACAUCUGCCGCAGAAACCUUUCUCGCUAAAGAGGACGCACUGCAUAUCCUCAUCAACAACGCCGGGGUCAUGAGAUGUCCCAUCGACUGGCUAACCGUGGACGGAUACGACAUGCAAUUUGGCUGCAACGUUCUCGGCCACCACUUCUUCACGCAACUACUCCUUCCUGCCUUGAUAUCUGGCACCGAUCGCACUGGGGUGAAGUCACGCGUGGUGACUGUUUCAUCCGCGGCGAGCUACAUGGGCCCGGGUGUGGACUUUGAGACCUUUGUGGAUGGCAGGAGACGGAGACGCACACCGUCUGAGCUGCUGUACUGUCAGAGUAAACUGGGCAAUGCAAUCGUAUCUCGCGAGUUCGCAAGGCGGUAUGGCGAUAAGCUCGUGUCCAUCUGUGUCAAUCCAGGGAACCUCACCACGUCGUUGUACAAGCACUUCGGUCGUCUGCAGAUGCUCCUGACCAGGACCAUCUUCAACCUUCAACCCGAGCACAUGGGAUCCGUCACACAACUCUACGCGGCAACCGCGCCGGAGUGCUCAGAGAAGAAUGGCAAGUUCCUUGUACCAUGGGCGCGCGAGGCAUUCCCGAACCCGAAAGCACUGGAUCAAGGGCUCGGAGAAAGGCUGUGGGACUGGCUGGAAAGCGAGUGCAAAAAGUACCGCUAA